UUUUUUUUUCCCUUUCCGAAGGGUCCACCCCUUUGGGUGGAGUCUCGCUUUUUCUUUCCAGUGUUGGCUGACUUACAGCUUCUAUAAAGUAGAGGCAGUUUCUGAACCCUAGGCAGCUGCCUCGCAGUUGUGGCCAGUGAGCGCCAAUGCACAGGGCUGCCGGCAACGAGACACUUUCCUGAGCCCCGGAUCUCUCUCCCUUCUGGAGCUAUCCCACCAUACACAUUUCUCUAUUUUGAGAACCCCCCCACGUCAUGGACCUCAUCGGGCUGCUGAAAUCCCAGUUUCUAUGUCACCUGGUCUUCUGCUACGUGUUCAUCGCCUCGGGGCUCAUCGUCAAUGCCAUCCAGCUGUGCACGCUGGUCCUCUGGCCCAUCGACAAGCAGCUGUUCCGCAAGAUCAACGGCAGACUGUGCUACUGCAUCUCCAGCCAAUUGGUGAUGCUUCUGGAGUGGUGGUCAGGCACCGAGUGCACCAUCUACACCGAUCCGAGGUCCUCCCCCCACUACGGGAAGGAAAACGCCAUCGUGGUUCUCAACCACAAGUUUGAGAUUGACUUUCUCUGCGGCUGGAGCCUGGCUGAGCGCCUUGGGAUCCUGGGGAACUCCAAAGUCUUGGCCAAGAAGGAACUGGCUUAUGUCCCAAUCAUUGGCUGGAUGUGGUACUUCGUGGAAAUGAUCUUCUGCACACGCAACUGGGAAAAGGAUCGGCAGACGGUCGCCAAGAGCCUACUGCACCUCCGGGACUACCCAGAGAACUAUCUGUUCCUGAUUCACUGUGAGGGCACACGGUUCACAGAGAAGAAACACCAAAUCAGCAUGCAGGUGGCCCAAGCCAAGGGGCUGCCCAGCCUCAAGCACCAUCUCCUGCCACGCACCAAGGGCUUUGCAAUCACUGUGAAGUGCCUGCGAGAUGUAGUCCCAGCUGUGUAUGACUGUACACUCAAUUUCAGAAACAAUGAAAACCCAACACUCCUGGGAGUCUUAAAUGGAAAGAAAUACCAUGCCGACUGCUACGUUAGGAGGAUCCCUAUGGAGGACAUCCCAGAGGAUGAGGACAGGUGCUCGGCCUGGCUACACAAGCUCUACCAGGAGAAGGACGCCUUUCAGGAGGAAUACUACAGGACAGGGGUCUUCCCAGAGACUCCCUGGGUUCCCCCACGACGGCCCUGGGCUCUGGUCAACUGGUUGUUCUGGGCGUCCUUGCUGCUCUACCCUUUCUUCCAGUUCCUCGUGAGCAUGGUCAGCAGCGGUUCCUCGGUGACGCUGGCCAGCUUGGUCCUUAUCUUCUGUAUGGCCUCCAUGGGAGUUCGAUGGAUGAUUGGCGUGACAGAAAUUGACAAGGGUUCUGCCUACGGCAAUAUCGACAACAAACAGAAACAGACAGACUGACUUGGGAAUGUCACCUCCAAAGGGAACCUUGGGGAACUGUGGGCCUCUGCCUAGCCGCCUUAGUAGGGUUCAGUGAUGGAGACUGGGGAGCCUUGUUGGGAUGAGCAGACACCACAGCCUCUCCAGUCACAGAGUUUGUCUCAGCGCUGGAUGCGAAAGGAAGACGUGCUUAAGCCUUUUCCCCUGUGUGAACUAUUGGGUUUGUUUAUCUUUCUUUUCAGUUGCACACGUGCGUGUGCAUGUGUGUGCGUGUGAGAGAGAGAGAGAGAGAGAGAUGCGGGAAGGAGAAUGGCUGCCUGUACACUUGCGACCCUGUGACAGCAGGGUCUCUGAGGUUGCAGGGAAGGGUGGGGCUGGGGUGGAAGGGAGGGCGUCCCUGUCAUCCCCAUCCCGUGGUGCUGCGUCUUCUCUAACCCUCGAUUGCCAGAGACAGACUGGACAGUGCUUUGGGUAAGAUGACUAAAUUAUGCCUCCAAAUAAGAAAAAGAAAAUUAAAGUGUUUGUCUGGGU